UUUGGGAAUGACCAGCGUGCAGAGGAAAGCAGGAGAGGAAGUGAAGAUUUGCUCUUUCUCCACUUUACGCAGCGUCUGCAGCCAAAUGCGACACAUUCCAGCUCCUCACCAGCUCGUACUUGGACCUUUCGGUUGAUGGGGCAACACUAAACUCGUCUUAUAGUGGUCGUGGAGCUUUAGAGAGACGCACUGAGCAGCGCUGAUGUGAGAUCCAAAAUAAGGAGACAUGUCUGCCGCACAAGGACUCCUCAACAGCGUCUUCUCCUGCUCCUCUCCUGCGUCCAAAGUCAUGACAAAACGGAGGCUACGCCAAACCCGGAGCUUGGACCCCGCUAUCAUAAGACACUGUGACUCCGAGACCGAGGGAGUAAGUGGCGCAUCGCUUUCUGGAGCGGCGGCUGCGGACGCAGGUGCGUCUCCGGAGCGCUUGACUUUGAAACCGGCUUUACGCACCAAGAUUCCGACACUUAAGGAGCCCAUAACCCCGUCCCUCUCAUCUCCUUCCAUACCUUUGGAUGUUUCUCCAUCCUCCAACUUCCACUUUGACUUUGAUACGGUGAAGCGUGCCAAAAGGAAUACCGCCGGGGAUUUACCGUAUCUGGUGAGGGGACCCGGUGCGGCGCCGUCCGGCAGCACCGGCACGCUGUUCUCUCCGCGGAGGUGGCUCCAGAGGAAAGUACAGCCGUCCAGCUCGCACGCUUAUGUUGUGUGGAAAUCAGAGGGGGAUUUCACCUGGAGCGGCCUGUCGGGCCGGAGCGUGCGUCUGACGCCAGUUGCCAUCCAGAGCCUGUCGGAGCUGGAGAGGGCCAGGCUGCAGGAAGUGGCCUACACCCGUUUACACCAGGACUAUGAUCUGGGAUGUCAGAUAACCAUGCCAAAAGAUGGACAGAAGAGGAAAAAGUCGCUGAGGAGGAAGUUGGACUCGCUUGCAAAAGAGAAGAGUAAAGACAAAGAAUGCAUACCCCAGGCUUUCAGUAUACCGCUCUCCCAAGUCAUUGCUAACGACAGAACGCACAGGCAGCGUCAGGAUGGCUAUCGUCAGGACCCCCCACAGCGCGAGGAGCACAAGGACUCUUCUGACCUCGUCUCGUCCAUUUUACAGUUUGCCACCAAGCGGCCGUCCAAUAAGGAGUUAUCUAGCAGUAACUCCUCUUUGAGUUCGACAUCGGAGACAGCCAAUGAGUCAACGUCACCCAACACGCCGGAGGCCGCCCCACGAGCACGCAGGAGGGGAGGCAUGUCAGUGGACUCGAUCACGGACCUGGACGAUAACCAGUCCCGCCUGCUCGAGGCUCUGCAGCUCUCUCUGCCGGCCGAGACGCCGAGCAAAAAGGAGAAGCACCGGGACAAGAGGCUGAGCCUCAACCCCAUCUACCGUCAGGUGCCCCGGGUGGUCGACAGCUGCUGUCAGCACAUCGAGAAAUACGGCUUGCAGACUGUGGGGAUUUUCAGAGUGGGAAGUUCCAAGAAGAGGGUCCGACAGCUACGCGAGGAGUUCGAUCGUGGCGUCGACGUCCAGCUUGAUGAGGAGCACAGCAUUCACGAUGUGGCCGCUCUGCUGAAGGAGUUCCUCAGGGACAUGCCCGACCCUCUUCUAACCAAGGAGCUCUACACGGCCUUCAUCAACACCACAUUGUUGGAUACAGAUGAGCAGCACAAUGUCACUCAGCUACUGGUCUACCUGCUCCCAGCAUGCAACAGCGAUACUCUCCACCGCCUGCUGGAGUUUCUGUCCACCGUGACCGACCACGCCCACGACCGGCAGGACAAAGACGGGCAGGAGAUCACAGGGAACAAGAUGACAUCUUUAAAUCUGGCCACCAUCUUUGGCCCCAACCUGCUCCACAAGCAGAAGAGCUCAGACAAGGAGUUCAGCGUCCAGAGCUCGGCCAGGGCCGAGGAGAGCACGGCCGUCAUCGCCGUGCUGCAGAGGAUGAUCGCCAGCUACCAAACGCUCUUCAUGGUGCCUCCUGAUCUGCAAAAUGAGGUUUUGAUGAGUCUGCUGGAGACUGAUCCAGAUGUGGUGGACUACCUCCUGAGAAGAAAAGCAUCACAGAGUCCCGACCUGUUGCAGACAGAGGAGCCAUUCACCCUGAGCGAGCGCCGCUCCUCCAGCGACUCCAACAAGGCGUCUAGCGGCGAGGUGUCCCCUUAUGACAACAACUCGCCGGUCCUGAGUGAACGGAGAGGAGAACCAGGAAGCCCGGGCAGCGAGCGGCUCUGCCGUGUCCCAGAACAGUACACUCUGGUUGGGCAGGUGGCUGGCUGGAACAGAGAGCCUGGAUCUGACACACUUUGGGGUACCAAAGACGCUAUAUCAGAGGAGCACGCUAACAUUUGGGGGACGUGGCACACUACUCUGAAACCAGCACUCAAGGACCAACCUUACACAGGUUCCCACGGCAACAUGUCAGAGGGAAGCUCCCGCAGCUCACAGGAAGGUCUCGACGGACUCCAUGGCGAUGGCAAGCAGCCAGCAACGCUACAACGGACUCUGACAGCGCCUGGCAUCACCGAGUGCCGACCCCAUCCGCCUGUCACCAGGGUUUGCACCAGCCCUCACGUGGAGGCGAGGCCACCGCGCCUGCAGCUCAGCAUUAACCCCUCUGUGACGUCACACCUCAACAGCACGCAAGGCCUCCAUCGAGGAAGCGGACACGGACCUAGCCCGACCUCCAGACCUCAAGGCGGGGUGAACACUAUCGACGGUGGCCCUGCUAUGCUCAACGACGGCCACUGCCCUCCCCCUUAUAACGCCCAUCAUCGACUGGCUAGUUCCCAAAGUUCACCUCAGCUGGCAACGGCUCAGCGCCCCCCCCUGCAGCACGGGAGGCUGAGUGCGGCGCAGAGUAACUCGGCCUCAACGACCGAGGGCCAAAUGGUGCCACAAAGCCCAGAGUGGCAGGACUGGCAGAGGGACCGGUGGCAGAUCUGGCAGCUGCUGUCCUCGGACAAUGCUGACGCGCUGCCGGAGACUCUGGUGUGAUCUCAGACCACGAACUCCAGCUCAAUCUCCGUAGAGAUUCUGCUCUGCUAGCCUACCAAUGGCAUGAUCCAACCCCUCCAAUGACAAUCACUCCUGUCCCCUACCUUCAUUUCCCCAAUGUGUCAUGUUUCCUCCCAGCCUGCCUUUCAUCCAUGGAUUCCCUUCCCAUGAACCUUCUGUGCUUCUCCUGCAUCAUAGCGCCAUGGCGUUGUUGUUUACGUGCGCAGCUGCUGCCUUAUACAGACUUUUACAUCCAAGAGCCACUAGUAUUUCUUGUUUUUAGUAUGGAUGUUAAAAAGUUGCUUCUGGUUUCUAGCCCAUGUUUUGUCCAUUAAGAAUUACCUCAAAAAAACGAUCCUUUCACAACUCUUCAUAACGUUACCAUGACUAUAUUUUCUAUUCAGAGUGAGUUCAGUCUUCAUAUCUCAAUGGAGAACAGUAGGAAAACACUUUUCUUUAGUUUCUUAUAUUUUCAUUUCAUAAUUUUUCUAAUUUUUUUCAAACUUUGUCAGCAUACAGACACUAAGAUGUUCGUAUUAGUAAUUGCUGCUAAAUGUAGAAUGUUUUGUGUGCGUACUAGUAAUGUAGUUCACCCGCAUCUGACUAAAAAAGAUCAAAUGAUGAAUUACCUUUCAAUGUCAAAUUAUGUUUGGCUGUAUAUAUACAAACUGUUGACAAAUAUUCACGAACAAAUAUAUAUGUAAAUUGACAUAAGUAUAUAAUUUGCUAAAAGUAAGUCAGCCCUUUAACUGGCAGUCUAAAUGUUGGUGUUUGUCAGGCUGCUGUUUUUUGUCUCUAAUAUUGAAUGUAAAAUACUUCACUUAUGGCAAAAAAAGCUUAGACCUAAUUAUAAAGCACUCGGCUGUAAGUUUGCUUAUUUGUGCUCUUGCCGCCUGCUGCACUGCAGGACCAAUGUGCCAAAGUAUCUUUUUUUUUACUACAGGAUAUUUAUCAUACAGUUGUGUUCAUUUCAUCCAGUUGUUUGUUUCUGAAAAAGACUCAAGAGCUUGUGACAUUGGCCGGAAUUCCAGCAGUUUUCAGUGUAGGACUAAGGAAGCUCGUUGUUGACAUGAUUUUAUCGUCAGGAUCAUAUUUCCAACUAUCCAUGAAAUGACUAAAUCAUACUUAAUCAAACUUAAAUUAAGAUAAAGAUUGGUAGCCCACAUAAUAAAUGCCCAAAAUGGUUUUUAAUCAUUUUAAUUGUGUAUACAAGUACGAAAAUGUAACAAAAAGAAGGUAUAAAUGAGAGCCAGCGUUAGGAUUGGAUAUCAGAUAUAUGCCAAAUUGUAUUUUAAAAUAAUUCCCACCCUUGUGAAAUCAUAUCUGCAAGGCUAGAUGUGAAGAACUUAGAGGAUCUGGAAAACAGUGUCACAUGUGUAAAUGUAUCACAAUUCGUUGUAUAACAUGUUUUCUCACAUUGCGGAUAUUCCAUAUAGCAAAUUCUGUCAAUCUGGGCUCCUGAGAUGAUGAUAAAAAUAUCUUAUUUGAAUGUAUUAUUUGAGCUAAAUGUGGUUUCAUCUUCAUGGAACUUCAUUUCCCAUGUUCAAAAUUCACUGUAUAUACUGGUAUGAAUUUCCACUAAAAGUAUUCACUUUGCUAAGAUCAUAACCUGUUUCUCUACAACACAAUACAGUAUGAUGACAAUAGCAGCACAUACAGAUGAAUGACUGAAUAUUCCAACUGGGUGCAGAUUUAUUGCCCACCUAAGAGGCUAGAUUAAUUUUAGGGAUCAUUAAAUUAGCAAAACAAUGAAUGAUUCUCAUUGGUUCAACUGAGGUUCUGGAAAACAAUGUUUGCUCAUAUAUUUUCUCACUUCAAGUCCAGUGUUAAUUCAGGUGGGGAAUUAAGACACCCACGACCAACAUUGUCCAAAUCCUCUCAAAUUUCACAGUCAAGUGGGUAUUUGCUGGCAAAUAUUUCACAUUUUCUCACGUUACGGUGUUAUAUUUGCUCUUCUGAAGCCACUUCAGCAUUAAUUCUGGAGACGCACUAUGUAUGAUUUACUUGUCACAUUUUCAUGUGACUUUGAGAAGAGUCAGUGGAAGAGAGCCUCACAAGUGCGAGCAGUGGAAGGACUGUGGUAAGGCUUAUGGUGCCAUCUGUUGUCAGACCACGUGCACUGGCGUGUUGCUGCUUCCCACAGUUCACUGUUUCCAUGGGAUCCAUCCGUGCGCCAUGUGGAACCAAUUAGCUUGUGAUCAUAAGCACCUUUUGUGAAAAUGUGUAAAUCUGCGUGAGGAAAUAAAUGUGCCAUAGGUGUUGCUCUUAAAAGUUUCUCCAUGCAUUGCUCAAGGUUUUGUUAAAUUUUUGUAUUACUUUGUUUUCUGUCGAGUGUUGUAAUAUAUAAAUACAAUAUAACAAUUUUUAUUCAAGGGGGAAAAUAAAAAAAAAAAAGCUGAGAGAAUAAUCCUAAUGGUCCUAGAUUUGUCUCCCCAAACUAUGAAACUAAGACAAACUUAGUGUUUAUUGUUGAUAUUUUUGGUGGGGUUUACUGGGUCCAAGUUGUAAUGGAAUGUCUGGUAAUUGCUUUUGUACUGCGUGUCAUCAUCAAUAUGCUACAAUGGAAUUAAAUAUGAUAAAGUUUA